AUGGAACUGGACACGGGUUCAGCCUUGUCAGUUAUCUCUGAGACUGACUAUGACAGGCUGUUUUCUCACUUACCACUGAAAAAGACAUCAGUGAUGUUAAAAACGUACACAGGUGAAAAGGUGUCACCCAAAGGAAAACUUAAAGUGGAUGUGGCCUAUGGUGAUCAAACACACAAGUUAGAGCUCUAUGUCCUGAAAACCACAGGCCCAGCUUUACUAGGACGUGAAUGGCUAAGAAGAAUUCAGCUUGACUGGCAUGCAAUAAAAGCCCUAAAUAUCUCGACAAACCCCAAGAGCUCCAUCCCCAGCUCUGAUCAGAGACUGUCACAGUUGUUGGAGGCUAAUGCACACGUGUUUAAGAAAGGCAUUGGUAAACUUAAACACCUGAAGGCCAAAAUUGAACUUCAAAAAGAUGCCAACCCGAAAUUUCACAAAGCGCGCCCAGUCCCGUACGCCCUACGUCCCAAGAUAGAUGCCGAACUGCAGAAUUUGGAGGCAUUCGGCAUUCUCUCAAAGGUUGACUGGAGUGAUUGGGCUACGCCCAUUGUUCCCGUGAUGAAGAAGGGUAAAUGUGAAGUGCGUAUAUGUGGGGACUUCAAGGUGAGCAUUAAUCCGGUGCUGCGCACAGUACAGUACCCCCUUCCACGCAUCGAAGACAUCUUCUCAUCAUUGGCUGGUGGGGAGAGGUUUUCAAAGAUCGACUUGUCACAGGCCUAUCUCCAGAUGGAAGUGGAGGAGUCAAGCAAAAAGUUCCUAACCAUCAACACUCAUAAAGGCCUUUACCAAUAUAAUCGACUUGUGUUUGGUGUUGCUUCAGCUCCAGCCAUCUGGCAAAGAGCCAUGAAUCAAGUGCUCCAGGAUAUUCCUGGAACACAAUGCUACCUGGAUGAUAUUAUCAUAACGGGAAAAGAUGAUGAUGAUCACUUCCAGAACCUGAGCAAAGUACUCACCAGGCUGAAUGAGUACGGUCUACGCGCAAAGAGAGAGAAAUGUGAGUUUUUCAAAAGUGAAAUCUCAUACUGUGGACAUGUCAUCGACAAGCACGGCUUACAUAAGUUACAAGAGAAAAUUGAGGCAGUGCUGAAAGCACCUACACCUGAAAAUGUGUCGCAACUGAGAUCAUACCUGGGAGUCCCAGUGAUGUCAGCCGCACGACUACAGCGAUGGGCCCUGUUCUUAGGAGCACACUCGUAUGACAUUGAGUUCAAGGGGACUAAACAACAUUGCAAUGCUGAUGGGUUGUCACGCCUCCCACUGUCAACACAUGUGGAAGAAAUUCCAUCUAAAGAAAAGAAAAGAAACGAAACGCGGAAUGACCCAACACUGUCCCAGGUGUAUGACAUCACAGUACAAGGCUGGCCGGGCCAUGGGAAUUCAUGUUUUCCUGAGUUCUCGGCAAGACGUGAUCAGCUGUCAGUUUGCCAGGGAACAUUAAUGUGUGGAUCACGUGUGGUAGUGCCCCCCAAGCUUCGCACCAGAGUGUUGGACAGUCUACAUGAGGGUCACGUAGGUACGGUGAAGAUGAAAAGCCUGGCCCGUAGCUAUGUAUGGUGGCCAGGGAUAGAUAAACAAAUUGAGGACAUCACCAAAACCUGCCUAGGAUGCCAGAGCAUUCAAAACGCACCACCACAGGCUCCCCUACACCCAUGGGAAUGGCCGUCUGCACCCUGGCAGAGAGUGCACAUUGAUUUUGCUGGCCCGUUCAUGAACUCUAUGUUUCUCAUAGCUGUGGACGCUCACUCAAAAUGGCCAGAAGUAGUUCAAAUGAAAUCAACAACGUCCGAAAAGACUAUUUCCAUCCUGAGAACCAUCUUCGCCAGGAAUGGCCUGCCUGAGCAAAUUGUGAGUGACAAUGGCCCACAGUAUACUUCUGAGGAGUUUCAGGAUUUCAUAAAAAGGAAUGGUAUCAAGCAUUUCAAGUCAGCACCUCACCAUCCAGCAACAAACGGGUUAGCAGAACGGUUCGUACAAACAUUCAAAAAGUCCAUAAAGGCAAUGACAAAAGAAGAUAUCUCUCUUCAACACAAAAUUGACAAUUUCCUCCUGGUGUACCGAAAUUCUAUCCAUGCAACAACCAAUCAGACACCUGCAAUGCUGUUUAUGAACAGACAGCUGAGAUCUCGCAUUGACCUUCUAAAGCCGAACCUGAGAGGAGAAGUGCAGAAUAAACAGUUCAGCAGUUUUUCAAGUGAAACGGCAAGAAGCUUCGAUGUAGGACAGCAGGUACUGGCUCGUAACUACCGCGGGGAUAAGUGGACGCCUGGAAAGAUAGUCACUAGGUGCAGUCCUCUGAUGUACGAGGUGGACACUGGCGAGCAUACAUGGAGACGUCAUGUGGAUCAGCUGUUGACUGCUCAACCACGGACGCCGGAGCGACCGACACAUCCAACUGAUCCUGGGACCGACUUCGACCACAGUAUAGUAACACCCACAGUUACAGAGGAAGUGCCCCCUACAGAGAGCACUCCACAAGAACACCCGGUGGCGGUGGGAGACUGGGUCCUGGUCAGAGUGAUCAAAAAGAAGUGCUGGAACCAACCCCAGUGGGACAGACCCUACAAAGUACUACUGACCACACCGACUGCGGUCAAAAUAGCAGAGAGGUCCACGUGGAUACACCUCAGCCAGUGCAAAAGGAUUGAGCCAACCAACGCUGAGUAG